AUGGGGGAACUGUUCAGGAGCGAGGAGAUGACUCUGGCCCAGCUCUUUCUCCAGUCAGAGGCAGCCUACUGCUGUGUCAGCGAGCUGGGAGAACUGGGCAUGGUCCAGUUCAGAGAUCUGAAUCCAGAUGUAAACGUGUUCCAGCGCAAGUUUGUGAAUGAAGUGAGAAGAUGUGAAGAGAUGGACAGGAAGCUGAGGUUUGUUGAGAAGGAGAUCAAAAAAGCCAACAUCCCGACAGUGGACACUGGAGAGAAUCCAGAAGUACCUUUUCCCAGAGACAUGAUCGAUCUAGAGGCCACAUUUGAGAAGCUGGAGAAUGAACUAAAAGAGAUAAACACCAACCAGGAAGCCCUGAAGAAGAACUUUCUGGAACUGACGGAGCUCAAACACAUUCUUCAUCGAACCCAGCAGUUUUUUAAUGAGAUGGAGGAUCCCAACCUGCUGGAGGAGUCAUCGGCUCUGAUGGAGGGCAGUGAGGGGGGCCGCGGGGCCCCGCUCAGACUAGGGUUUGUGGCUGGAGUGAUCAGCAGGGAGAGGAUUCCCACCUUUGAGAGGAUGCUGUGGAGGGUGUGUCGUGGUAAUGUCUUUUUAAGGAAGGCGGAGAUUGAGGACCCACUGGAGGACCCCACCACAGGAGACCAAGUCCACAAAUCCGUGUUCAUCAUCUUCUUCCAGGGUGACCAGCUAAAGAACAGGGUGAAGAAGAUCUGUGAGGGGUUCCGUGCCUCUCUCUACCCAUGCCCAGAGACCCCUCAGGAGAGGAAGGAGAUGCUGGCUGGAGUCAACAGCCGCAUUGAUGACCUCCAAAUGGUGCUGAACCAAACAGAGGACCACCGUCAGCGAGUGCUUCAGGCGGCUUCUAAGACCAUGCGGGUGUGGUUCAUUAAGGUGAGGAAGAUGAAGGCCAUCUACCAUACGCUGAACCUCUGCAACAUCGACGUCACCCAGAAGUGUCUGAUUGCUGAGGUCUGGUGUCCCGUCUCCGAUCUGGACUCCAUUCAGUUUGCUCUGCGCAGAGGAACGGAGCGGAGUGGAUCAACAGUGCCCUCCAUCCUAAACAGGAUGCAGACCAAACAGACUCCGCCUACCUUCAACAAGACCAACAAGUUCACAUCAGGCUUCCAGAACAUUGUGGACGCCUAUGGCAUCGGAAGUUACCGGGAAAUCAAUCCAGCUCCGUACACCAUCAUCACGUUCCCCUUCCUGUUUGCUGUGAUGUUUGGUGACAUGGGUCAUGGCCUGUUGAUGACCUGUGCUGCCCUCUACCUGGUCAUUCGAGAGAGUCGCCUCCUCGCCCAGAAGAGUGACAAUGAGAUAUUCAACAUGAUUUUUGCUGGACGUUACAUCAUCCUUCUGAUGGGCAUCUUCUCUGUCUACACUGGCGUCAUUUACAAUGACUGCUUCUCUAAGUCGCUCAACAUGUUUGGCUCUGGUUGGAGUGUCAGGCCCAUGUUUGGCCCCAAAGGAGCCAACUGGUCGUUUGAAACACUGGAUGGAAAUACAGUUCUCCAGUUAGAUCCUGCUGUUCCUGGUGUGUUCAACGGGCCUUAUCCACUUGGAAUUGACCCGAUCUGGAAUAUUGCCACCAAUAAGCUGACGUUCCUCAACUCAUUUAAGAUGAAGAUGUCUGUGAUCCUGGGUGUCAUCCACAUGAUAUUUGGAGUGUCUCUCAGCCUCUUCAACCACCUGUACUUCAAGAAGCCUCUGAACAUUUUCCUGGGCUUCAUCCCAGAGAUCGUCUUCAUGUCGAGCUUGUUUGGCUACCUUGUCCUGCUGAUCUUCUACAAGUGGACAGCCUAUGAUGCCUUGACGUCCAAGGAUGCUCCCAGCCUGCUCAUCCACUUCAUUAACAUGUGUCUCUUCAACUACAGUGACCCCACCAACAAACGCCUCUACGAGGGACAGAUGGUGAUCCAGGUUUUGUUGGUGCUGAUUGCCCUUGCAUGUGUUCCCUGUAUGCUGAUUGUGAAAACUAUGGUGCUUCGGCGUCAGCACCUGUGGAAAAAGCACCUGUCGCAGAAGAGGGAAGAAACCCCUGCAGAGAAUCUAGAGCAGUCUUUAGAGCAAACAGGCGUGUCCUCAUCAUGCACCGGACUCACUCAACAGGGCACGCAGAAGUUUGGAGGGGUGCGGGUGGGCAACGGGCCCACAGAAGACGAAGCUGGCAUCAUGGACCACGACCAGCUCUCCCAGCACUCAGAAGAGGGUGAUGAGCACUCAGAGGAAGAGCCGUUUAAUUUUGGCGAUGUAGCUGUCCACCAGGCUAUCCACACCAUAGAGUACUGUCUGGGUUGCAUCUCUAACACAGCCUCCUACCUCCGCCUCUGGGCCCUCAGCCUGGCUCAUGCACAGCUGUCAGAGGUACUCUGGUCCAUGGUGAUGCACCUUGGUCUCUCCUCUCGAAGCGGGGGCGGGUUCUUCGGUCUGUCAAUCAUCUUCUCAUUCUUCGCCACUCUCACGGUUGCUAUUCUGCUCGUGAUGGAGGGGCUGUCAGCUUUCCUUCAUGCCCUGCGUCUGCAUUGGGUGGAGUUCCAGAACAAGUUCUACUCAGGCCAGGGCUUCAAGUUUGUCCCCUUCUCAUUCGAGAGCAUCCUGGAGGGAAGAUUUGACGAGUGAUCAGGCCUCAGCCCAUCCAGCAUGAGUCCUCGGUGUUCCCUUCCCUCAUCUCUAUAUGUGUUUGUGUGGGUGUGCAUGAGCCCCAGUGCAGUUUUCUGUCACCCCCUGGUGGCAAUUUGUGAAACUUUAUUGCGUAUGAGCCAUCGCUUAGUCCUCAUGGAAUGGUUUUGUUGUAUGCUGGUGUCACUUUCUGGUCUUUGCCUGCAUUUAGCAAGCAUGGCAGAAUUCCUUGCAGAAAUCACACAAAGAGUUCAAACGUUGUCAAAAACAGAUGGGUCAAAUCAGGCUGCUUUUUUAAAAAAAACUGUCAAUCAGAGCCAUACCUGCCAUAGUGAAAUGUCUGCCAAAAUGUAGCUGUUAAUGCGGCUGUGUCAGUGUGUCAGACAGUUUCACACUGCAGGAAAAACAAGAGCAAUGCGCGCAUUUACACACGUGGCACAGUAACACUACCUUUGUUAACACACGUGCAGCUCAGGAUCUGACAGUAAAAGUUAGGCGUUCUUCUACAUGGCACCUGCCAGCGCUUACACACAGAUUUCAGGUUCAUAUAGUGCGUAAUAAUGCAGCUGCCCUCUAGAUAAAGCCUGCACUCCCCAUGAUUCACAGUCCUCACACAGUAAUACUUUACUGAAACCUGUAAAACUUGAGUUUACACUGUAUUAUUUUGUGAUCACAUAACUCGGACCCCUGCACUUUAUUAUACGAAGUGUUUGUUUCAGAGUCAAUAAUUCGCCCUACUCUUGGCAGAUAAUCAUUGAAAUAAGCCAACUGCACCUUUGUGUAUGAAUUAGUGCGCUGUUAGUAGAGCACCCAAAGAGCUUUCCAUUCCUUGGGUGCAUUUUUGCAAAUGUCAUAUGGGUUUCUGCGCCUCUUUGGUAAACCCCAACAGUAGCUUUGUGACUCCAAAAGAGGCACACGCUGUUAUUAAAACUAACUCUAAAAAUCAUGGUGACAGCUUUUAACACUCAUUUUGUCUUCAUUGGGUUUAUUCCAUGAAGUACUCUCAAAGUGACAAAUGAAUUGCAACUGAUUAUGCUAACUAUGAAUAUUUAAUUUCCUCUCUCUAAAAAAGUGGUGGAGCAUUGCUGUGUCAUGCUCUUGCAUCCCUACACCGCUCUUAAUAUGUAACAAAAUCUCUUAUCACAGAAUUUACUGUAGUAAAUUUCAUGAUGAGUACUUUAGCUAACUGUUAAUAGAAAAUAUAGGUAUUGUAAAUUUGACUCAAGUGAGCCAACAUCCAAUCACUUUUGCCAAAUAUUCUGUGAUCGUCCCGUGUUCAGUCACAACAUUGACCCUAUAAAUGACCAAAACCUACAUACUAUGUAGUGAUUAGAUUAUUACUCAUUUAUUGGACAGUACUUUAACUUUUGAAUAAAGCCACUUACUUUUUAGCCCUGUAGUAAGUGGCUUAUUCCAUUAAAUGGUACAUCACCUGACACACAUUGUCACAUAUUUGUUUCAAAAAUAUGCAUAUCUCCAUCCUAAAAAGUUCUAGAUUGCUCUGCCGUGUUUGGCUCCAUCACAAUGUAAAGUCAGGCGAUUGUUGCACAUGAAACGGCACCUUUGAUCAUUUUUGUUGUCUUAUUAUGCAGGUAAUGCAGGUGUGACUAGCUACGGAGUUUUGAAAGAGUAAUGGAGCGUAGUAUGAU